AACAGAAAAGGGGUGGCGGGAAAAAGCGGGUCCCAGCUGGGGUAUUUAGUGAUAGAAAUAGGAAUGGGAGGGGCAAUCAGACGGAAACCCUAGUGUUCUCUCUCACGAUCAAUUAAUUCAGAAAUUCAAAGAGAUUUUCACCUGAAAUUCACAUUCCUUCGAUCGGAGAGAUCUGAUCUCCGUUUAGGGUUUCGAUUGGCUGUAUUGUAUACAGGAUUCCGAGGAAGUCUUUCUUUUCCCGGCAGGUGGUGGCAGCUGAGGCGACGGCGGCUGCGGCGAGUUGAGAUCACAUACGGAGAUGUCGUCAUCGUCUACUCCCGUUCGAUUGGGCGGCGGCAGCAGCACGGCGACAAUGUCCACCGCCACGUGGCUGCGCACAGUCAUAGAUCCGCUCCCAUCGAAACCAUCGCCCGAGCUGGAGAGGUUUUUGUCGUCAUGCGAUAGAGACGUAACGGCCGAUGUGAUUCGGAGAGCUCAGAUUAUACUCGAAGCUAUAUUUCCGUCUCCUAGCGGCCCUGGUUCUUCUCCAGCGGAGGAGUGUUUUCCUGCCGGAGCUGAAGACGGAAGCAACCCGAGCCUUCAAAGCAGCAACUUGAUGGACAAUAAGUGGGCUGAACAACGUAGAUCCGAAGCUCUUAAGCUUUAUUAUAGGGUCCUGCAAGCGAUGUGUGCGGCAGAGUCUCAGAUUUUGCGAGGAGGUAAUUUGACUUCAUUGCUGACGAAUGAAAGGUUCCAUAGAUGUAUGCUUGCUUGUUCCGCCGAACUAGUUCUUGCCACGCAUAAGACCACUGCAACUGUGUUGUUUCCCUCUGUUCUGGAGAGGACGGGAAUCAUGGCUUUUGACCUCAGUAAGGUCAUAGAGAGUUUCAUUAGACACGAGGAGAGCCUCCCGCAAGAGUUGAGGCGUCACUUGAAUUCGCUUGAGGAGCGACUUUUGGAGAGUGUGGUUUGGGAAAAGGGCUCUUCCAUGUACAACUCUUUGACCGUAGCAAGGCCGGCCCUUUCUGCAGAAAUUAAUCGCCUUGGCUUGUUGGCUGACCCUAUGCCAUCAUUGGAUGCUAUUGCAAACAUGUCUUCCGCAAUUUUACCCCCAGUGCCAGCAUUUCUCAAGCUGGAAAAUAGCCCUGGUCAGAAUGGUAGCGAUAUGAGGUCACCCAAAAGACUCUGCACUGAGUAUAGAAGCUUGUUGGUGGAGAGAAAUUCCUUCACAUCACCUGUUAAAGAUCGACUUUUGGCUCUCAAUCAUUUGAAAGGAAAACCUCCACUACCUGCUCUGCAAUCUGCAUUUGCUAGCCCUACAAGGCCAAAUCCUGGUGGUGGAGGGGAAACAUGUGCAGAAACGUCUAUUAGUGUAUUCUUUAGUAAGAUUUUGAAGUUGGCUGCUGUGAGAAUCAGUGGCAUGGUUGAACGUCUACAGCUUUCACAGCAAAUAAGAGAGAGCGUGUAUCAUCUUUUCCAAAAGAUUCUUAGUCAACAGACUACUCUCUUCUUCAACCGUCAUAUUGACCAGAUUAUUCUUUGCUGUUUCUUUGGUAUUGGCAAGAUUUCUCAGCUUAACCUAACCUUCAAGGAAAUAAUAUGCAACUAUCAAAAGCAGCCACAUUGCAAGACUCAUGUUUUUCAAAAUGUUUUUGUUGAUUUGACCUCAGCACAACGCAAUGGGAAAACUGGUGCUGACCAUGUUGAUAUCAUAUCUUUUUACAAUGGAAUAUUUAUUCGUGCUGUAAAACCACUUCUGGUUGAGCUCGGGCCCGGUGGGGUAUCUCAACAUAGUAAUACAAAUGCAGGAUCUAAGGAUAAUAGCAACGGUCAAUCUCCUGCAUCACCCAAGACAUCCCCUUUUCCAAGUCUCCCUGAUAUGUCUCCUAAGAAAGUAUCUGCUGCUCAUAAUGUUUAUGUUUCUCCGCUCCGAUCUUCAAAGAUGGAUGCUCUAAUAUCACACAGUUCUAAAAGCUACUAUGCUUGCGUUGGAGAAAGCACCCACGCAUACCAGAGUCCAUCAAAAGACUUGACCGCCAUCAAUAACCAUUUAAACGGAAGCCGAAAGCCCAGAGUUUCACUCAAUUUCGACAAUAAUGUGGAUGUGGGCUUGGUUAGUGACUCAGUUGUGGCCAACAGCAUUCGCUUUCAGAAUGGAAGAUGCGGAUCUUCGUCUCCGCCAGAUUCAUGAGUGGUCUGCUUUAAUAUCUCUCCCUUGUAAAUCCUCUCCCUUCCUCUAAUUUAUUUCUUUGCCAUUUUUAUGGUCUUUUCUUUUUUAAGGCAAUGGCAGUGUAAAAGAGAGGACCCUGGAGAAUGGAGAUCAUCCCUGGGGGUGCCUUCUUCCAUAUUUUCCAGAACUCAUACUGUAGUUGUAGAUGUUUUCUUCUCUACCAACUUUACUAAUAAUAAGAUGAAUGAAUAUUACAGCUAAUUAUAAUAAAGUUGUUAAAGGGGA